AUGAGUAGAGAUAUUGAAUUUGAUAAUGAAUGGUAGGCUCUUCUCAAAGAAAUAAAGCUAUAACUGCAUAAAUAGAAUGUUCUUGAAGAUAAAUUGCUAUAAAUGAAAUCAAACUUUGGUGCAGUGAGAGGUAAAUUUGAUAUUUUCAAAAAUCGGGUAUUAAUUUUAAUUUCCAACUAACACGUCCAAGAAAUAUUUUAAAAUGAACUAUUACUUUAAAUUUACUCUCAUCUUUAUGAAAUUAUUCAUUAUUAGACUGUAAUAGUCUUAGUUAUUUAAUAGAUCAAUACAACUGAACUUGAACUAUAAUAGAAGUAUCAAAUUGAUAGAAUCAUUAAAAAAUAUGAAGAAAAAUUGAACCUUUCAAACAUUUUUUCUCUCAGCUUACCUAAAAUAAAUUAUUUGGAUGUGGAUCAGGAACAAAUAUCAAAAUUAAAAUCUUUUACAUGUGUGACAGAAGAAAAUAUUGAAACACUUUCUUAAUACAAACAAUAUACUUAGGAUGUUGAUUAAAAGGCAUUUAAAGGAUUUUUAAUGUAUGAUUUAAAAAAAUAAUACUUUCUUAUGCUCAUAAGGAAAGGAUUUAACAGUGAUAAAGCUUGGGUUGAAGAAAGAAGCAGAAUUGAAAAAUUUAUUUUAAGUAGACAGAGGUAAUAAUCUUCAAUUCUGUCUAUGUCUACCUCAUUUGCUUAAUAUUUGAUAUAAUAUGAUAGUUAAACAAAGUUUUAUUUUAUUUUGUUAUCUAAUAAUCUAAUCCCAAAUUCACCAUAAUACGAAUUACUUUAAAGAAUAAGAGGUUUCAUUUCAAGCGAAUCAAACUUUUAAAAAUAAAGGAAAAAUGAAAUUGAAAGCCAAUACUAAUAUGUAGUUAGCGAUAUCAUUGAUGCUUAAGAAAGAAUUUACAUGAAAUCAAAAUAUAGACAAUUGAAUCCAUCUAUUGCUACAAUAUUUUAAUAAUAAAUUAAGAUUUAUGAUAUGAAAAAAUAAAAAUAAGAACUUUCUCUUUAAUAAUUUUGA